AACAAUUAAAUAGAAUACACAUACGCCAUGGUGUCCAAGACUUUGCUGCUGCUGUUGGCCAUUGUUGCUGCACGAUUUGGUAGCUCAACGCGGCGCUCAACGCUCGCAUUGGCCUUCGAGGAGUCCAGGCUGCAGGACGCUGCUAACAAUAGAUACAACAGUUAUUACAGCAGCAACGAGAACGAUUAUGGCAACAUUGAUGGCAUCGUCGACAAUGACAACAAAGCAACAGCCAAAUGGCAGCAAAAACUAUAUGCAAAUUCCCAGGAGCAACUGCAGCAGCCAGAGCAGCCAGAGGAGCCACAGCAGCAACAAUUUGUUGAUGAUCCCGAGGCAGCUCGCAAUGACUUCCUUUCGCAAUUGUCUGACUUAAAUGCGGCUGUGCAAGGUGCAGGCAUGUUUGCUGCCCAGCAGAGCAACAGCAACAGCAACAACGAUAGCGACAACAACAACAACAACAACUACGAUAACAAUGUGUGGCAAGCCGCAGCUGAAUUUGAAGGAGAAGAAACGCAUUUGCCACAGAAGCGACACAGUCGUGGCAGCUACAUGAACAGGUAUGCAGCAGAAGUAGCAGGAGGAGCAGGAGGUGCAGCAGCAGCAGUCGGUCAACCGGAGCGCUAUGAAAUGCCCAGCGAGACGUCAGACGACGACGUCGACAUUGAGGGCGAGGAGGACUACGCUGUGGGCACAAUGGAUGCAGAUGAGCUCAGCGACCAGCUGCCCUAUGGCAUACAGAAUGUGCGCAAGCGUCGCGUGCGCAGCGUGCUGCCACCUCCACUCUCCGCACAGCAGCAGUCCGGCGACGUGGGUGUCACCUAUCAAUCGUUGUGCCCCACGAAGCGUGUGACUGUGAAGCUGGACAAUGGCGAAUAUCGGCCCAAUCACUAUGUCGAGGUGACCUGUGACAGCAACUAUGCACCGCUGCCUGCCCGCCUGCAUAGCUAUGACAGCUAUCACAACAACGAGCUGCCGUUGCUGCGUGCAUUGCGAGCUGGCGUAAAGCGUGAGAUCUGUUCGACAGCUGGCUUUUCGUGCAUUCAACUGAAUCGCACCAUACACCUGAUACGCCUCAAUGAGGGCAGCGGCUGCUGGGAGUCGGAGACGCGAACUGUGCCCUCGGGCUGUGAGUGCAUGUGGCCGAAGCAUAGCUAUGGCGACAUUGCCACCUAUCACCAGGCACAGAAACGGUUCCGGAACACGCCCAGCAAAUUUCAAGCAGGCGUCGCAGCUGGCAAUGUGGACUACAAGCCGGGCACGGGCUAUCGCCAGUUGACGCUGCGCACCCGGAAACCCAAAGCCAGAGCAGGAGCAGGAACAAGGGCAGCCGCCGCUGGUCGCAGUCGACGUGAAGAUGUCUUGGACUAUGAGAACUAUGAAUUGAUUUAAAUGGAAUGACAUGGCCAGGCGAGCCAAGUGCCAAGCACAAUGGGCAGCGCAUCACAAACGAAAUUUUUGGAUCAUUUAGCAACUAAGUUGAAGGUGUACAUUAACAUACUAUUUUGUUCUUGCUGUGGUCUUAGCCGUAAUACACUCUUUGUUCAUAUUGUAACUGUAAAAACCAAAACUAAAAAAUCAAAAAAAAAAAAAAAAACACAUACACACCAUAUGGUAUAGUUAA